GCCCCUUCCGGCAGCAAUGGACGCGGAGGCGCUGGACGAGCUGGCGGGGCAGCUGCAGGGGGAGGCCCUGGGGGGCCGCGGGCUGCUGCAGCUGGCAGCCACCACCGGCCUGGCUGCCUAUGCAGUGUGGGCUGCUGUGCUCAUGCCUGGCUUCCGCCGGGUGCCGCUGCAUCUGCAGGUGCCGUAUGUGCCAUCCAGUGCCCAGCAAGUGGCCAAUGUGAUGGGACUGCUGCGAGGCCGCACGGGGAAGACGGCAGAUCUGGGCUCCGGGGACGGCCGACUCGUGAUUGAAGCUUACAAGCAAGGACUCCAGCCAGCUGUCGGCUAUGAGCUCAACCCCUGGCUGCUGUGGCUUGCCAGGUACCGGGCCCGCAGGGCUGGAUACCAGGGGAAGGUUUCCUUCCUGAAGCAGGAUCUGUGGAAGGCGAAUCUUUCUGAUUGCUACAACGUGAUUGUGUUCCUGGCUCCCAGCGUGGUAAGUCUGUGUGCUGAUACUGCUAUCCUCAGCAAGCCUAGCAGGGAGAUUGUCCUUAGAAAAGAGAGCAGAUCUGGAAUAUGAGCAAACUGUCUUUACAAAAUAAGGCCAAAAACAGGAGACUGGAGGUGAAGAAAAUCACAGAGCCAGCCCAUCCUGUGCUAUGGAAGGGCCAUUGGACACUGCUGCUUUUUGGGACCACUUGGGAUCUGUUUUGCUAUGGGACGGCAAGUGGGUCACUGCGGCACAGUGAUGCUUCCCUAAGGCCACCCGGCCUCGGAUGUCUCUCUCUCCCCAGAAGCCCCCCCUGGCUGCCAAACUCCUGGCAGAACUCCCUGAUGAGGCACGUGUGGUUGCUGGGCGCUUUCCCUUCCCCUCCUGGACCCCAAGCAGCACCAUAGGGCAGGGGCUGGAGCAAGCCUGGGCCUAUGACAUGAAGGAGGUUCGGCGCGCGGCACGGAGAGGCACAGCGGGAUGUGCACUCUGACAGCAGCUCCUGCAGCCUGGUACAAAGGGCCAGCAAUGUGGCAUCAUCAGAACCUCUUCCACCAGUGCUCGAGUAGUGCUUAGCUGGGCUCUUUCCCCAAGACUUUGCCUCUGAGUGCCUUCCAGAGCGAUCAGCAAGGGAGAAGGAAAAUCAGAUUGAGUUAGCACUCAACGUAAGGGCUACACCUGCAGUGCCUCUUUUCAGUCUGUAGUUUUUGAGAAUAAAUGUUUUCCUCGGA